AUGAAAGGUCGUAAAGUCUUCUGGGUUCACGAAUUGCACCAAAGAUAUGGGCCUGUGGUGCGAAUAUCUCCGGACGAGGUGGAUGUCGCCGACGCGGAAGCAUUCAAUGAGAUUCACAAAAUCGGAAGCCCUUUGUUGAAGAGCCCAUGGUACGUGAAAUUUAGAGGGGAAGUUAACUGUUUCACGUGCGCGGACCCCAAAGUACAUGGGCGGAAGAGAAAGACUUUGGCGAGACCUUUUAGUAAAUCUUCUUUGCGAGAUCACUGGGAACCAGUCGUCCGCGAGCUCGCCAGGAAGACAGUGGCACGGGUGAAAAGCGAGGCGGAACUGGGAACAGCAGACCUUCUGAAGUGGUGGACUUUCUUUGCCACCGACGUGACUGGAGAGGUCGCCUUUGGUGAGAAUUUUGGGUUGGUGGAAUCAGGGCAGAAACCAAAGAUUAUCUUGGAUUUGGAGGACGUUAAUAGAGCAAGAGCGUUGAGAGCUGAAGCAGGAGUAUUGUAUGAUCUGGCCAAAAGCUGUACCUUUGGCUACUUUGAUCCUCUCGGCAGGGCAGACCAGAACAUUGAACGCAUGAGUUUCGAGCUCAUGCGAGCUGCGAGACAGAGGAGUCUUUCCAAGGCCAACAUCAUUUCCGGAGUCUUGAACGAAGCCAACCCAGAAGAUCGUUUCAGCGAGAGAGAGGCUGUUCUCGAGGCCAUUAUGAUAGUGGUCGCAGGCUCGGGGACUACGGCUAUCACACUCACUUUUCUGUGCUGGGCUGUUAUGGCGAACCUUGCAUAUCAAAAACGCCUUGAGGAGGAAGUGGCUUCGCUUGACUCGGGCUUCAAGGAAGCCGACCUUGAAACCCUUCCAUUCCUGAACGCGGUGGUUCAGGAGACACUUCGACUGUAUGGAGCAGCGCCAGGAGCCUUGCCACGUGCAUCCCCAAAAGGUGGCUGCCAGCUGGCUGGAUUUCAUAUUCCUGGGGACUUAACAGUCAACACUCAGGCCUUCAGUUAUCACCGUGAUCCCGCUGUGUAUAGCGAUCCUUUCAGAUUCAAUCCGGAGCGUUAUCUCGAAGGCAAAGUGGGUGGACAAGCGGUCUUCGCGCCCUUUGGAUCUGGAAGUCGCACAUGCCUCGGGAUUCAUCUUGCCUAUCUCGAACUCCGUAUGGCGACUGCUCUUUUUUUCCGAGAAUGUGCAGGUGCACGACUGGCCUCGGAAACGACUCCAGAGUCCAUGGAGAUCGUCCAACACUUUUUGAUAGCACCCAAGGCUCAUCGCUGCCUGAUUACACUGUAA